CCAACACUCUUCCCGACUCACCAAUAUUUGAUCCAAAUCAACAAUAUGCAAGACAAAGGUAGCAAGGAACGCUCCGAAGAGCCUAUCUCAAAGCUUCGUACGAUCGGUGCUGGUUUCUGUGGCACAGUAUGGGCUUCAUCCGAGAGAGGAUCCGCAUACAAGAGAGAAGAUGGCGGCGAAUUCAGAUCGCUCCAGAAUGACUACAAUAUUCAUCAACGAGUGCUGCAAAGCCUUCGAAAAUUCGAAAACCUUGACCAAGGUUCUCACGCUAUGAACCCUCAAAUCCAAGUUCCAGAUUGCAAACGUUUCAUCACUGCGGAUUCCGAUUGGUGGGCUUCAAAUAUACAAGCCUUUCCUUCGAGGUAUACUGCAUGCAAUGUCCUAGAAUCACAACGCAUUCCACCCUUCCCGGGUAGAAUGAGAAGUCUCCUCGUUCACAAGUACUGUCCACCGCAAAUGGUGGACGACAUUAUGGAGAGCGAGGCAAACAAGGAUUGUCUCAUUCGUCCAUACCUCGGCCGACACCGCCGGUGGAGUGAGUUUCGCACUUUCUCUCAGAUCCAAGUAUUUUCGCUGCGAAACUUUCCUCUUCAUGCCAGUCAGAUGGAUGAGCUCGAUAUCCCGCUUGAAGAUAGACGGCAUUAUGCCCGGAUUAUGGCCAGGACUCUGGCGAUCAUGCACUGGAUCGGAAAUAUCGACGGCAGUGAUAUCGAGUUUGUCCUCGCUCCUCCCAAUGAAAAUAGUAGACGGAGUGUUGAUAUUAUCUUGAAUUGUCUGGGCGAACAUAGUGUUUGGGUGUUGGACUUUGACUGCUGCAAGGACAUGUCUGUCGAUGACGCCGGCGUGAGAAGGGCCGUAACUGCCUUUUGGCAAAAUGACCCAUAAUACCCGAGGCCAAUUAUGGAACCAUUACUAUGGGCUGCUUUUCGAGUUGAAUAUCUUUAGUCGAGUGAAGUAGCUACGCGACUUUACGACCGUGCCGAGGCCCUGAAAAGGCGAGUUUUAU